UAUUUAAAUAUUUGUUAUAAAUUAAAAUAACGGUUUGAAGACUUUUCCACGUCAUCACCACGGUUAUAAAACAAUUUAAUCCCAAAACACAAUCCCCGGCCUACUUAAACACUCAUAUCUCCAUGCAAAACCAUCUUGACUUCACUUCUCCGAAACAUGGAAACAGCUCCUUCUUCUAAUCUCCUUAUUACUGUCUCUGUCCAAAUCUUGAGCAUUUUGUUCUUCAUUCCGGCCUCCUCCGCGGCCGACUCCUUCAUCUACGGCGGGUGCUCGCAGGUGAAAUACACGGCGGGGUCCCAAUACGAAUCAAAUCUCAACUCCCUGCUGACCUCUCUGGUGAACUCGGCCACCUACUCAGCCUACAACAAGUUCACCAUCAUGGGGUCCACCCCGCAAGACGUGGUCUACGGGCUCUACCAGUGCCGGGCCGACCUAGCCAUGCCGGAGUGCGCCACCUGCGUGGCCCGCGCCGUCUCCCACCUCGCCCCGCUCUGCCCCCAGGCGUGCGGCGCCGCCAUCCAGCUCGACGCCUGCUUCGCCAAGUACGACAACGUCUCCUUCAUCGGGGUCGAGGACAAGGCCGUCGUCAUGAACAAGUGCGGGCCCUCCGACGGCUUCGACGCCGACCGGAUGGCCCGCCGCGACGCCAUGCUGGCCGGCCUCAGCCGGCCCGGCGGGCCCUUCCGGGUUGGCGGCUCCGAGGAUGUCCAGGGAGUCGCGCAGUGCGUCGGCGACUUGUCCAACGGCCAGUGCCAGGAUUGCCUCACGGAGGCCAUGCGGCGGCUCAAGGCCGAGUGCGGCGGCGCCGUCUUCGGUGAUAUGUUCUUGGCCAAGUGUUACGCCAGGUACUCCACCAAUGGGGCCCACGCUUAUUCCCAACCCAAUCACGUUCAUUCGACUUCUCAUAGUGACUCGGAGAAGACAUUUGCUAUAGUUCUUGGAUUAUUAGCUGGGGUUGCAUUGCUCAUCAUCUUCCUCACUUUUCUCAGAAGGAUUUCUGGCCGAAACGGUAAAUAAACAAAAAGAAAUGUAUGAGAUUUGCUUUUCAACAGCCCUUUGGCCUUUCCAUUUUCUUGCAUGGUGGAGAUCAACUUGGCUCUCUCAUCUUUUUAUGGGAAAUUAAAGGAGAAAAAAUAACUUUGUUCACCAGUCCCAAAAGGAAGCAACUUUGGUGUUAAAGCUGUUUUAUCAAAUUGAGUAUAAACUUAAGGGAGAAGCGAAUGGAGGCUAUUUAUACAUUUAGAUUCCUUUCCACUUAACAAAGUUGUGUUGUUGUCUAAUGUUGUUAAAAUAUGUAUUCUUUUGUCAUAAAGUUGGUUCUUUUAUAUGGGCAUUAUCCCCCAAUCUAAAUGUUCAACAAAAAGACAGCAUCUUUAUGUAUGAUUUUAUAGUUUUAUGUUUUCAA